GCGGCCGCCCCGCCCGCCGCGCGCUCCGCCCAGCCCCCGCCGCCGCUGCCAGGGCGGUCGGUCAGUCAGUCAGUCACGGAGCGCGCGGCGCGGGAGCUGCGGACCCUCGCGGCGUCUCCGGAGAAGGAGCGCCGCGCCUGGGGAGGAGGCGGCGGCGGCGGCUGCCCAGCCCGGAGCCGGGCCCGCCGGAGGACCGAGCCGUUGCCACGAUGGAGCAGCAGCUAUCAGAUGAGGAAAUUGACCAUGGUGCUGAAGAAGACAGUGACAAGGAAGAUCAGGACCUGGACAAAAUGUUUGGAGCCUGGCUGGGGGAGCUAGACAGACUCACUCAGAGUUUGGAUUCUGACAAGCCCACGGAACCAAUAAAAAGAUCUCCUCUUCGCCAGGAAACAAACAUGGCCAAUUUUUCUUAUCGCUUCUCCAUAUACAACUUGAAUGAAGCUCUGAAUCAGGGAGAAACUGUGGAUCUGGAUGCCCUAAUGGCCGAUCUUUGCUCAAUAGAGCAGGAGCUCAGCAGUAUUGGUGCAGGAAAUAGUAAGCGUCAAAUCACAGAAACAAAAGCCACUCAGAAGUUACCUGCUAGCCGACAUACAUCGAAACAUGGCACCUUGAAAGGAUUGUCUUCUUCAUCUAAUAGGAUAACUAAACCGUCUCAUGCCAACUACUCCCUGGAUGACAUCACUGCACAGUUAGAACAGGCCUCCUUGAGCAUGGAUGAGGCUGCUCAGCAGUCUGUACUAGAAGAUACUAAGUCCUUAGUAACUAAUCAGCACAGGAGAACAGCAUCAGCGGGCACAGUGAGUGAUGCUGAAGUACGCUCUAUUAGUAACUCCUCUCGUUCAAGCAUCACUUCUGCAGCCUCUAGCAUGGACUCUUUGGAUAUUGAUAAAGUAACACGCCCUCAAGAACUGGAUUUGACACAUCAGGGGCAGCCAGUUACUGAGCAUGCUAUUUCUCUGAGAUGUCCCAGCAAGCAGGCCAAGCAUCAUAUUGACUUCACAGAAGAACAGGCUGAGCUGACACCUCACUCCUAUCUGGACAGGGAAACCUCCCUUCUUCUGAGAAACAUUGCAGGAAAACCUUCUCAUUUGCUGACCAAGGAAGAACAGGCAGCAAAAUUGAAAGCUGAGAAGAUCAGAGUUGCCCUAGAGAAAAUUAAAGAGGCACAAGUGAAAAAGCUGGUGAUUAGAGUCCACAUGUCUGACGAUAGUUCUAAAACAAUGAUGGUGGAUGAGAGGCAGACAGUGAGACAAGUGCUGGAUAACCUGAUGGACAAAUCUCACUGCGGUUAUAGUUUAGACUGGUCUCUGGUGGAAACCAUCUCUGAGUUACAAAUGGAGAGAAUCUUUGAAGACCAUGAAAACUUGGUUGAAAAUCUUCUUAAUUGGACAAGAGAUAGCCAAAACAAGCUUAUAUUUAUGGAGCGUAUAGAAAAAUAUGCACUUUUCAAAAACCCACAGAAUUAUCUUCUGGGAAAAAAGGAAACAGCUGAGAUGGCAGAUAGAAACAAAGAAGUGCUGUUGGAGGAGUGUUUUUGUGGAAGUUCUGUAACUGUACCAGAAAUUGAGGGAGUCCUUUGGUUGAAAGAUGAUGGCAAAAAGUCCUGGAAAAAGCGUUAUUUUCUCUUGCGAGCAUCUGGUAUCUACUAUGUCCCUAAAGGAAAAGCAAAGGUGUCUCGGGAUCUGGUGUGCUUUCUCCAGCUGGAUCACGUCAAUGUUUACUAUGGACAGGAUUAUCGGAAUAAAUACAAAGCACCUACAGACUACUGUCUGGUACUCAAGCACCCACAGAUCCAGAAGAAAUCUCAGUACAUCAAAUACCUUUGUUGUGAUGAUGUGAGGACCCUGCACCAGUGGGUCAAUGGUAUCCGCAUCGCAAAGUACGGGAAGCAGCUGUACAUGAACUAUCAGGAGGCCUUGAAGAGGACAGAAUCGGCUUAUGAUUGGACCUCCUUAUCCAGUUCCAGCAUUAAAUCAGGAUCCAGUUCUUCCAGCAUCCCAGAGUCUCAGUCCAAUCACUCCAAUCAGUCUGAUAGUGGAGUGUCUGAUACACAGCCGGCAGGACACGUCCGUUCCCAGAGCAUUGUGAGCUCCAUCUUCUCCGAGGCCUGGAAGCGAGGCACGCAGCUGGAAGAGUCUAGCAAGCUGCUACAGAAUUAUACUCUUGGAAAAAGUAACUAACUACUACUGUAAAGGUUUACAGGUACCCACUUAACUGUAAAUUGGAUUUUUUUUUCAUUUCUGGGGCUUUUUAAGAAAAAGUUACAGGAAACAAUUUUCAUCAGAACGUCUCACAGUAAUGUAGACAUUCAUCAGAACGUCUCACGGUGACAUUCAUCAGAACGUCUCACAGUAAUGUAGACAUUCAUCAGAACGUCUCACAGUGACAUUCAUCAGAACGUCUCACAGUAAUGUAGACAUGCUCAUGUUUCACGGUCCUCUGACAUCAAGGUGCUCCUGCCCACUGACGGCACAUCCUGGUAAGGAAGGGCUGGGAACUCUCUUGGAAGUCCCCUCUCUCUGUAAGUUUACUUGCCACUGAAAGCAGUCCUGAGUUUAUCAAGAAAGUUAGUCUAAACAAAAUUGGGGGAUCAUGAAGAAUAAUUCCAAGAGUAACAACUCUGAGGUCAAGGUUAUUAAUAGCUGUGCAUCCAAUUAGAGUUUCAUAAGCUGCUAUUCUGGGAGAAUACAACUGCUAAUAAGUUCAUGUCAAGGAUGUAAGGCUACGAUUAGCCUAAAAAAACUUCAGGUAAUGGUAGGAUUGGUUUGAUUUGACUAUCAGGCCACCAACAGAACCCUAUGUCACCUUUUUUUCCCUCAGCUAAAAGCAGUUUUAUGUUACAAACAAGGUGAUUUUAAACAAGCAAACUAGCCUUUUUUUCCUCGUUUUAUGUAUUACCAAAUUUUUUAUACAGUUUUCACAUAGUUAUAACAUCUCACAGAUUUAAGCUCAGACCAGUUAAAACUGUAUGACCCUGUGUGAUUAUAGGUGUAAUGACUUGCUCUCAAUAACACAGGCUUCAUAAUUUGGAUUUAUACACUUGAUAAGAGGACGUCUCUUUCUAAAAAAAUCACUUUAGGUUGCAAGUACCUUUUGCCACUUGGAAUUUUGUUUUAUACACUUUAUGUCAUUGCAUAAAGCAAGUUAUUCCUACCCCUAUAGGAAUAUGUGACCACUCACAAAGUUGAGAUUUGAUCCAUGGAGAGAUGCAAGUAGUGCAGAAUUAAGUAUCCCAAUAUCUUUUAAGAUUUAUUUUCAUUUAAAAAUUGAAUAGAAGAUCAUUGUUAACCCCUUUACCAGACUCCCUCAAACUAAACAAGUGCUCGGUUCUUAAUUGUGCCCUUGGAAGAUCUAUAUGUAAAAGAAAUCUGAAAUUUAGCUGUAGUAUAAACUUACUAAGCAAAAAUAAGCUAAACACAAUAUACUUGAUAAACACUUGAAGGAAAUAAUCUCCAGUUGGUUUGCUCUUUGCUUGUUGAAGUAAUAAACCAUUUAGAAGAGGAAACAUCUGCUAUAACCCCCAGUGCCUUGAACUCUUUUGGAGGAUUAGCAUUAAAAAAAAAAAAAAAAAUCCAA